AUGCCUCAUUUUGACGAAACCAAAGCCUACGCCGAGCAAGAAGAUGUCUUCUUUGAUGACGGCCGCGAGAUCGAGCUGCUGCACUUCGUCUAUAGUCAGCUUGACAUCGACGAGAUCCGGGGCUCGCCUGAGCGCGUCCUUGCUGCUAUCGACGACUUUGGCCGCACCAAGAAGUACCUGAUGAACGUCGGCGAGGACAAGGGCAAGAUCGUUACAGACCUUAUUGCCGAAGUCAAGCCCAAAACCAUGGUCGAGCUGGGCGGUUACGUUGGCUACUCGUGUAUCCUAUUCGGCGCCGCAGUUCGCAAGGCAGGCGGGCAACGGUAUUACUCUCUUGAGCGCAACCCCGAAUUCGCCGCCGUCAUCGGCUCUCUCGUCGAUCUGGCUGGCCUCUCAGAUACCGUCAAGGUCGUCGUCGGCCCUAGCGACACCUCCAUCAAGCGCCUGCACGCCGCGGGACAGCUCCCCAAGAUCGACCUAAUGUUCCUGGACCACUACAAGCCCGCCUACACGACCGAUCUGAAGUUGUGCGAGCAGCUCGGCAUCGUGGGCCCUGGUUCGGUGCUUGCGGCCGAUAACGUCAUCAAGCCCGGUAACCCGCCGUAUUUGGAGUACGUCCGCAGUUCUGUCGCCCAAAAGCGUGCAGCGGCAACAGACGUUGCCAAGGCUCGCCAGGAAAGCGGUUUCGACGACAGAACGGCGAAGCAAUACCUCAAGCGUGAGGGCGAGGAGAGAUUAGAUUUGACCAGGGUGGGAAAUCCCAAUUUGCAGUAUGAGAGCCAGCUCGUCAACAGCUUUGAGCCAACUGGUGUGCCUGACGGUGUUGAGAUUACAAGAUGCGUGGGAGUAGAAAAGGAAUGA